GCGGGGGACAAACGUAAGAGGCCGUGCGGGAGCGUAAAGUAAGUUUUCGCUCACGGCUGCUUUGCAAUGCCAGGCAGUCGAGGUGAGUCGAGUCGAGUCGAGUAGAGCCGAGCCGAACCUCUUGGAAUCAGUCUGAGACGUGGCCCCAUCGCAUCCUUUUCGUUUGUUACGGUAUCCUUGUGCGCAGCUACCACCUGUUGAAAUCGAACGAUCUUACCAUGCAUCGUCGUAAUUCAGUAGCUCGAUAUAUUGAAAUGACUACGUUUUGAAGUCACAUAUUUUAAUUAUCUAGUGAAACAUCGUGAUUCAUCGAUUGCGCGGAAACACGUUUUCUUUUGUUGUGUCUCAUUACCAAAAAUGGAAUCACUUGUAUAAUUUUGUUUUUUUCUUGGUUAACGAUAUCAUUUCAGAAGUGCUAGUUUAAAAUCUAUAAUCUUGGUGCAAUGAUUUUGUGUAUACACUACUGAAAGAUCAACUGGAAGUUUAGCAGAAAAUAUUCAAGAGAUACCGGAUCUGAAAUAUAAAAAAUGAAAAUUGGAUUCAUCAAACAACGGGACGCGUAUACCCAAUGCAAUGUGAUUUCGUAAUGACCGUGAGUUGUUUAAAAACAAGUCGAAGAGCGUUUCAUGUUGGAAAGUGGCUUAUAGUUCAAGAUUCUGGAGAAUGUCAAGUUUCUACAAGAUGAGAAAAAAUAUCCUAUACACAAAUUAUUAGCUUCUAAGAAGGGAGAAAUUAAUUAAUGAGGGGUGUCCAUGCCGAGUGUUAAGAAAAAUCAACUGGAUGAUCUUAGGAGUGCGAGAAGAAAAUUCUCAGAGGGACCAGUUGUGUGGAAUACAACGAAAGUUAUUAUAUAGUCGAGGCUGUAAAAGUGACACGUUCGUGUUUGAAAAUGUCAUCAAGUACAUGUACCAUGAUAAUGUCAGGACUGAUUCUAUUGGUAUUAGCAAUAGUAUCGUUCAAGGAAGUGCAAGGACACGUUGCCUUGACUUUUCCAAGAGCGAGGAAGUAUGACUUGGAUUUUUUGGACAAUGCUAGAACACCUGGCCCAUGCGGAAUGCCUCGUGGUGAUAUUAAAACUACUUUAUUAUCUGGAAGUAAUUUCAACGUCACAUGGCAUCUAGCUUAUCCUCAUCGAGGUGGAUUUCGGCUGCAAAUCUUGGAUGCUCUUGAUAGACCAUUAAUUGAUUUAACUCCUGUGACGAAAAAUAGUGAAUUCGUUGAAGAUGAUGCUACGGCACAGAAUUAUGCCGUGCAAUUACCUCAAAAUUUCACUUGUACAGAUUGCACAAUUCGGCUUCUUCGAGAAGCUGAGGAAUGGGGUUCAAGUUAUAGAUUUUGGUCUUGUGCAGAUAUUGAUAUCAUUGAUAGAAAGACAUAUAGAGAAGAUUGCAGCGGUCAUGGUCGAUAUCUAUUAGGUCGUUGUAGAUGUGAUCGGCUAUAUCAUGGUAUAAGGUGUGAAUUUAAGGAGGAAUGUCUGGACGAUUCAGACUGUGGUAUUCAGGGCACGUGCAUUAACAAUGGCGGCACAACCGCACCCACCAAGCAUUGCUACUGCAACAUUGGUUGGUUCGGACCGGGUUGUGCAAAAAGAUCUCCAAUUAAAACCAUAGAUGUAGAAUUGGAUAUUUAUACUAUGAAGAAGUUUUCUGACAAUUUUACUUUUUAUUGGCGUAUAUUAAAAGAAAGUAAAGAACUCGAGGGUAUUAUGGUAGUAAAUGGUACAAAUUGGGUCGGUAUUGGAUGGCGACCAAGUAAUUUGAUGCCAAUUUGUCGUUCUUUCCCUAAUAUUCAAGAACAUCCAAAAGGUGAACCUCUUCCACGGCCAGAACCAAAAGCAGAACCAGAACCGAAAACUGAACCUAAACCAGAAUCUGAACCAGAAUCUAAAUCUGAACCUGAGCCUGAACCUAAAUCUGAACCCGAACCCGAACCUGAACCUGAACCAGAACCAGAACCAGAACCUGAACCUGAACCUGAACCUGAAUCUGGAACUGAAAGAUCUGGUACCAGAAGAAGAUCAGCUAAAGUUCAUGAUAUUGUUUCUUUGACUUCAACUUUCCAACCUGAUACUGAUGUCACAGUGCAAACCAGUGUGACAUAUCGUGUCAGUACAAAACAAGGACGCAAGAAAAGAUCACCAGAAUCCACAGGAGUUUCUGCAAACGGGGAAUUCAUCGCCGAGCCGAGCACUGUUGACAACACGAACAUUACGUCUGAACCUAUAUCAGAACCAGAACCUAAAUCCGAGCCUGAACCUAGUCCAGAAUUAGAGCCGAAAUUUAAACUGAAAUCAACUUCAGUGUCUGAAUCAAUAUUUGAACAAGAAUUCAAAUCUAAACCUACUUCUGAGCCCGAACCUAAAUCCGAACCAGAACCUAGCUCUGAACCCGAACCCAAAUCCGAACCAGAACCGGAGCCGAAAUCUGAACCAGAACCAAAGUCCGAACCGGAACCCAGUUCCGAACCAGAGCCAAAGUCUGAACAGGAACCUAAGUCAGAACCGGAACCAAGUUCUGAACCGACUUCGGAACCAGAACCAAUUUCGAGUCUCAAAUCGAGCGCAACGAAAGCUAUCCUACCUGAAACGCACAAGUAUACGCCAAAACACGAUUUCAACCCUAUGGACUGCACAGACAUUAUAAUAGGAUCAGCACGAGGUAAUAGUCACAGAAUUGGUGACUAUUAUACUAGAGAUAGAUCUACACCAAGAAAAGACGAAUAUUGGGGUGGAAGAGAUACAUUAACUGCUGCAAUGGGCUUUGAACGCAAUGGUGUUACAACGAUACUUUUUAGAAGAAAAUUGGCAACAAAUGAACCAACUGAUUAUGAAAUUAUUGAUGGUAAUAUGCAAGUGAUAUGGGCUAAAGGACAAGAAUCUGGAAAAUAUAUUCAUCAUCCACCAAGUGGCAUUGAAAAAGCCAAAGUUAGUGUAAAAGACUUUUACAAGGCUGAUGAACUUAAAUAUCAUGGACAUGGAGAACAAAGAGGAACAGUGACGCUUAAUUUCUUUGAUGAAAAGAAGAAACAAGAAAUGAUAAGUGAAGAUGGUGUAUCAAUGCCAAUUUCAAAUUGUAGCGGUGAAUGGCAUUAUCCGAAACAUUGUUCACCUAUAAAUGGUACAUGUGAAUAUUCUAUUCAAUGGACAUAUAAAGGACGAAAGGAUCAAUUAUCAUUUGUUAUUUCCACAACUAAUACAAACGUUUGGACUGGUGUUGGAUUCUCUGAUGAUGAUAAAAUGUCACAAACAGAUGCAAUAUUGGGUUGGGUUGAUGAAAAGUCGGGUCGAGCUUUUCUCAUGGACACUUGGAUCAGUGGAUAUAAUGCUCCGUUGCUCGAUCCAUCUCAAGAUAUUUAUAAUACGGGCGGUAGUAAAGUGGAUGGUGUAACGACACUCAAAUUCUCAAGGAAACGAAUAACAAAGGACAAUAGAGAUCUUUCUUUCACAGAUGAUCACUGCUUAUAUAUGAUGUAUCCAGUCAAGGGUGGUAUUUUCAAUGCUGUCAGCAAGAAGAUACGUAAACACGAUGCCGUACCUAUUGUCUCUGCUGAAAGAAUAUGCAUAAAAUCUUGUGGUCUUGAAGAAUUUGAAGAUCUUACGACACCAACACCUCCAAGGCUAUAUUAUGAUGUGGAAGUAAAACUCAUAAAUUUGGGUGAUGGUUUUAUAGCGCCUAUUCCGGGUAGUUCAGAUUUUGAAGUUAUUUCAAAUACGAUAUCCGAUAGUUUUGGUCCAGUUUUUAACAAAUUACCAGGCUAUUAUCAAAUUCGUCUCGUUGAGUUACAAAAGGAUGAUGAGCAAAAUGGUGUUAUUGCACGCAUGGAUCUGAUCUUAGAUAAAAAUGAAAUCAAAGGUAGAUCGUUGAAACCUAUAGAUACCAGCGCAGCUGCAGAAAAAGCACUAAAAGAAGCUCUCAUUACUGGAAAAGUCGGUGCAUUAAAUGUAGAUCCACAAUAUUUGUUUAUUAGAGCUCCUCGAGUAAAUGAUGUAGGUGGAGGAGAUGCAAAUGAAGAAUCAUCAAUCACAUCGAAUCUAUUUCUUGAUUCGACAAAACUAUAUAUCGUUGUUGGAUGUGUUGCUGCCUUGCUUGCUCUUGUUCUAUUGCAAGCAAGCUGUACUCUUUAUAGGUCUUCGAGGAGACGAGCAACGAAGGAUCGUUUGAUCGCCAAUAACGCUUGGAAGGACUACGCUUCAGGUGCGAACACAAAUUUUGCUUUCGAGGCGUUCGAGACAGAAGAAAAAGCUCCACCACCGCCAGUUUCCAGUUUACCUCGUCAUAGAGAAAUGACUGGAAACGGAAUCGGCACGGAUACUGUAGAAGGCCCUAAUAGGAUAAUAGGGCCACGAGCGACGUAUAGUUUGCCACGUGCACCGGGUUCGAGGCACACAGCACCCAUUCAACCUGGUUAUUAUACACAAGAUCGCAGGGAUCAUUAUCAACGAUCGAAGAAUAAUAUGCACAAUUUAACAGGCGGUGGUGUAUCCACUCAACCGAAUCAGCCUGAUUUUUAUUUCAUGCCCAGUCAACGUAAAUACAGUGGUGAAGUUGUGCGCGUGUAUGUGGAUUAUGGAAGUCAGGCGCCGAAAUAAUUGAAGAAAGCAUAUUAGAAUUUAAAAAAACGAACGAUAAGAAAAUGCAUCAGUGACAGUGCUGCCCUCUUUUCAGCCUUUCCUCGUUCAUAAAUCCAAAGCGGACGAUUAAUAUAUCUCGCUUCAGUGAAGCGACAUUGUACAUAAAACGUGUUUAGUGGACCUGGAGAAAACGAGACUUCGAAACGAGCCCUUUCCUCCGGUGCUUCUUUAAAUAUUUUUUUUCCUUUUUUUUUUUUUUUUUUUUAUUUGACGGAUCGUUGUUCUAUUACUUUUUCCCGUUGUCGUAUUUGCUCGAUUACAUACGAGCGUCGAACGGGGGCAACACGCACGGUUUCGUUUAAAGGAAUUACGUAGAAGUGGCGCUUACGACCAAAGAGUUAUCGAUAAGGCGCACUCGGUGCGCGGUUCUGUACAAAAGCGCGUGAAGAAACACACAACACAAUAUCACUGUAAUUCUCGAUGCGUAUCCCGAUACGUGUGGAAUGUAUCCAAAUUCGUGCGUCAUUACAGCAAUAUUUUACAUGUAUUUACGAGCAAGCAUGGAUGUUUGAGCAAUAAAACGUUUGUACAUUUUUCUAAUUGAA